AUCGAUAGGCAGCAGUUCGAAGAGACUGUCCGAACACUGAAUAACCUCUAUGCAGAAGCUGAGAAACUUGGGGGCCAAUCUUACCUUGAAGGGUGUCUCGCCUGUCUGACUGCCUAUACCAUCUUCUUGUGCAUGGAAACGCAUUACGAAAAGGUUCUAAAGAAAAUUGCCAAGUUCAUUCAGGAACAGAACGAGAAGAUCUAUGCUCCUCAGGGCCUCCUUCUGACAGACCCCAUUGAAAGAGGACUAAGAGUUAUUGAAAUUACCAUUUAUGAAGACAGAGGUGUGACCAGUGGAAGAUAAAACUGGAGUCUCAGCAGAUAGCUCAACAGUGGACUUGCUAUAUCAAAGUUCCCCUACCUCCUACUUUAGAGCAUCAUUCCUUUCUCUGCUGCCAGAUCCACAGUGCCAUCUACUACAAGGACUAACUUCCUAAAACUGCUCCGCAUGGGGUGACCUAGCUGAUCAGCAUCCAUUUUGUGGCAAACUUUCAAGCAAUGAGAUCACUCUUUUUUUUUUCUUUUUUUUUCUUCCAAGAAAAAACAGAAGUGGUAAAGCUACGUACUCUUCUGAAAGAAACGGGGCACUUAGCCAAUGGAAGUCUAGUUUUAGUCGCGUAAGCGCAGUGCUGUUCCUCCCUAGUUCUUAAACGCUUCUGUACAUCAGUCGGGCUUUGGAAAGCUACAAGUCAGAGUUGGGGAGUUUUCCAGAAGCGAGGCCUUCCCUCCAGUUCAGUACUGGUGGAGUGAGAGGAUACAAAGUGCCUCUGCCUGGUGAGAAGUGACUC